AAAUGUGAACAGUUGGUCUCUAAUGAAAACCAUGCCUCUGCUGAUCCUCUGAUGUUUACUUUCUAAUUAAUUGUAGUUUAACUUAGUUGUGUAUUAAUUUAAUAUUUUGUUUAAUAUUUUCUGUCUAUUAGUUGAUUGUAAUUCUGAUCCUCUUGAAUGAUGGCUUCCGACUCUACAGAAAAUUUGUCUAUAAUAAAUGAAGAUUACCAAGGAUUACACCUUUUAUCUGGUCCCCCACAAAUUGAACAGAUUGAAACUUUUUCCGGUCGAACCCGAGCCUUGACAAUCUCAAAAGAUGGUAAUUACAUUGCUUUCUCGGACAAUGUAUCUACUAAAGUGGUUGAUUUAAAUGACCGGAGUGUUAAGUUUACUCAAGACAUUCCAGGAGUUCAGUUUGUUGAUUUAUCCCCCAAGAACAAUUUCCUUCAAGCAUGGGUUUACACUAAAAAUGCAACAGAUCACAAUUUAAUGAUCUAUGAUAUCAAAAGUAAUACUCUGGUUCAGACUAUGAAGCAAAAGCAAGCUCAAUGGAGGUUACAUUGGACAGAUGAUGAGUCUAUCUGUGUCAGAUUUUUCAAUGAGGAGCUACAUUUUUACGAGAACAAUGAUUUCACUCGAUACAUCGCUAAAUUUUACACCCAAAAGGUCGCUGAUUUUAGUUUAACGACUCACGUUAAAUCUGGUGUACACUAUUUUGCUUGUCUAUCUAUCGGAACCCAUGGACAACCCAACUUCGUUAAAUUGUAUCGUUAUCCGCAAAUGGAAACUGCCAUAGCUAUUAAAAGUUUCUUCCGAACUGAUAGAACAACUUUUAAAUGGCGAUCUCGAGGUGAUGCUGUACUUAUAUUGUGUGCUGCUGAUGUUGAUAAAACUGGUAAAAGUUAUUAUGGCGAGCAAAAUUUGAAUUAUAUGGAUGUAAAUGGUAAAGCAUUUGCUGUCACCUUGGACAAGGAAGGACCUAUUCACGCAGUCGAAUGGCACCCUUCAACCACUGAAACUCUCUUCUGUGUCUCCUAUGGUUUUGUUCCUCCUAAACUUGCUUUCGUGGAUUCUGAUGGCCGAAUUAUUCAUUCAUUUGGUGAAAUGCACAUCAAUCAAAUACACUUUAACCCAUUUGGCAAUCUUGUCAUAUUUGCCGGCUUCGGUAACUUACGUGGAGGUUUAUCGGUAUAUAAUUCGGAAAAGAAAACAUUGCUAGCUCAACUCACUAGCCCUGAUACUACAUAUAUCAACUGGGCACCUGAUGGGGCUCACUUACUAACAGCAGUUACCUCUCCACGAAUGAGAGUUGGUAAUUGUCUCCGAGUUUGGCAUUAUUCAGGUAAAUUGAUUGGAGAAAUUCAAUAUCCCGAUGGUGAUUCGCUUUUCCGUUCAAUUUGGAGACCCAAUCGUGAUGAUUUUCCCAAUGCACCCAUGAUCACGGAAACUGGAAUAAAAGCAGCUAAUUUGGGUAAAGAAGCUGAACCGAAAAGAUAUGUGCCACCACAUUUACGAAAUUCAGGAGCAACAUUAGAAGCUACUACUAGUGGACCAUUAUCAAAAUCAUCAGCAAACUUACGUUCAAAAGGACCUAAAGGAAGAGGUGGCAGAAGAGGUGGCGGUGGUGGUGAUCGCCAAGCGAAGCCUCCAGCAGCAAAAGCACCAGAAGCAUCAGAAGCAUCAGCACCAACAGGAGCAACUUCAGGAUCAGAGUCAAACGAUAAAGAUAAUAGAGAGAAAAAAGUUAAAGCGAUUGAGAAAAAACUGGAGGCCAUCAAAAAUCUCAAGACUGUUCGAAGUAGUGGCGGACAAUUGCAGAGGAAUCAAUUGGUCAAAAUAAGCAAAGAAAAGGAAUUAUUAGCCGAACUGAAGAAAUUACAAAUUGUCGAGUGAACACAAUAUGAAUUGAGUAAACAAAAAGUAAACGAGAUGAAAAGGGAAACUGUGUUUUAAUUUAUAUACAUUAAAUAUAUUUAUAUAUAUUUAAAAGAAACAAGAUGUUGAAAGAACCAGGAAUUUGAGUGAGAGAAGAGAAGAGAAGAGAGAGAAGAAAAAGUGAUGGAAAAUAAUACUUGAAGAUGAUGAAAAGAAAAAGAGAAAAGAGGACAAAAUAUUUUUUUUGCAUCUUUCAGCCUUUUUAUCCCCCCGAAAAUGUUAUUUGUACAUUUGUUUGAAUUAAAUUUCCUUGGACAUAUUAUCAA